AGCAAGAAGUACACCCCCUUCAGAUGUUAGGAUUUAAGAUCAUGGAUUUAAAUUUGACGACAGAUGUAACAACACACAAAGCAAGUUUAGAAAGUUUCGAAAUGGGAGUAGAAAAUUCCAUGAUAGACAGAGAUGAAAACUUAGCCAGACUGGAAAUAGCAACCCUCGCUAUUAUAUUCAUUGUGACUGUUAUUGGAAAUAGUACAGUAUUACUAGCUUUAUGGACGAGAAGAAGAUACGCAGGCAGAAAAAAGCUAUCCAGGAUGUACUUUUUCAUCCUCCAUCUGAGCGUAGCAGACUUAAUAACAGCGUUCCUCAGCGACCUACCCCAACUGGGAUGGGAAGUCACUUAUAGAUUCAAAGGUGGUUAUUUCAUGUGCAAAGUGGUGAAAUACGGUCAAACAUUGGGCCCGUAUCUCAGUUCGUACGUGCUAAUGGCCACGGCCCUCGACAGACAUCAAGCUAUUUGUUAUCCGUUGACGUACUGUUCGUGGACUUCCAGGAGAUCGAAGGUUAUGGUGUAUGCGGCUUGGGUCGUGAGUUUGGCGUUCUGUAUUCCCCAGGUCACUAUAUUUUCUUAUCAAGAAGUAACGACUGGGAUCUACGAUUGCUGGGCAACUUUUAAAGAGGAAUGGGGUGAACGAGCGUAUGUAAUUUGGUACAGCGUCUCAAUAUUUAUAGUUCCACUGAUAGUUCUAGUAUACACUUACACCUGCAUCUGCAAAGAAAUCUGGCAAAGUUCGGAAUCCAGUCUGAGGCCUCGCAGUUCCCAAAAAAAUUCGAAUAAAAGGACUCCUUUCAUAUCACGUGCAAAAAUAAAUACAGUUAAACAGACUAUCGCUGUAAUUGUGAUGUACAUAAUUUGCUCAACGCCAUUUAUUGUUGGUCAACUUUGGGCGACCAUCGAUCCAGAAAAUCCGUUUUUAGAUGGUCCAGUUUUUACAAUCUUGAUGCUCCUAUAUAGUCUGAAUAGCUGCGUUAAUCCUUGGAUAUACUUAGCCUUUAACAGGGAACUACCGAGAUUGCUGUUAAGACACUACACUGCGUCGACAAAAAACUACAGAGCAGCGGCCGGAGGUAAGACAAUAAUUAAUUAUGUAACGUUUAUGAAUUUAAACAGUUUGUUUAGUUUAUUUUCACGAAAUACAACAUUAAUUUAUAUCUCUUUUAGGGUCGAUUCCACCGUUGUGUUAAACGGAGAUUAA